AUGCGUCUCCCCAAACCACCCGUCCACUUUUGAAAUGGACCCUGUGUUCGCCACUGCACUGGAAGCCAGGAAAAAGACUCUAGUAGCCGCGCUGUUGGUGGCGGCUGCUUCCAGCCGUUGGGGGCUUGUCCUAGGCCAGAUUAUAGCAACAUCUGUUUAGUUUACAUUUACGCACUGCCGCCUCAGCACACUCUCUCUUCGCCCCGCCUCCUUUUCCUCCAGGGAUCAUCUUCCUUCCCAAGUCGGAAGAGCUGCUUGAGGUCAGAAACAGACGGCAGCUGAGUUUGGGACGCAGCAGCAGCAGCAGCGGUUUGGCACUAAAAGUGAAUGACUUGACGCUCCUUGCAACAAUAACAUCUCUUGCCUGCAGCCAGGGUGUCUGCCCGGGCCUCCAUGUGGGCCAAAGUUCCCAGGAGAUGGGUGCCAUUGCCCGCUGGACAGUUUCAAGUCUGGAAGAUGUACCUGAUCUUUGACCAAGCGGCGACAGGGAGCUGGAUUUAAAGUGGGAUUUCCUGGACCAAAGUAGAAUUUAUUGUUGAGUGCUGGCAUGGCUGGGAAUCCGGAAGAUGACGAUGUCCCCCUUAUGCUCACCUUGGAUGAGAGCAGAAGUCAUGGCUCUGAGCAGGAGAGGCUACCCAUUGAAAAUGGAGGCAACUAUGACUUGGCCAGUGAUAUGUCCAGUCCGGCUGCUGGGGACUGCCACCCUCGACAGAGCUGUGGAAGACACAGCUGGGACAUGAACUACCAGGAGGCGGCAAUUUACCUCCAGGAAGGAGAAAACAACGACAAAUUCUUCACGCACCCCAAGGAUGCCAAAGCGCUGGCUGCCUACCUCUUUGUGCACAACCAUCUCUUCUACCUAAUGGAGCUGAUCACGGCCCUGCUGCUGCUGGUGCUGUCUCUCUGUGAGGCGCCGGCGGUUCCCAUGCUUCGCCUUGGCAUCUACGUCCAUGCAACCUUGGAGCUGCUUGCCCUGACUGUGGUGGUGUUUGAGCUGUCUAUGAAAAUGAGAUGGCUGGGUCUCCACACCUACAUUCGGCACAAAAGGACCAUGGUCAAGACCUGUGUUCUGUUGCUGCAGUUUGUAGAGGCAUUAGUGGUGAUGGUGCGCCAGACGUCCCACGUCCGGGUCACGAGAGCCUUGCGGUGCAUCUUCCUGGUGGAUUGCCGUUACUGUGGAGCUGUCAGAAGAAACCUGCGGCAGAUCUUCCAGUCUCUCCCUCCGUUCAUCGACAUUCUCCUUCUCUUGCUCUUCUUCAUGGUUAUCUUUGCUAUCCUCGGCUUUUAUUUGUUCUCUCCAAACAAAUCCGAUCCUUAUUUCAACACCUUAGAGAACAGCCUUGUGAAUCUCUUCGUUCUCCUGACUACAGCAAAUUUCCCGGAUGUGAUGAUGCCCUCUUACUCCCGAAGCCCCUGGUCCUGUGUCUUUUUUAUUGUGUAUCUUUCCAUUGAGCUAUACUUUAUUAUGAAUUUGCUACUUGCUGUUGUGUUUGAUACUUUCAACGAUAUUGAGAAGAUGAAGUUCAGAUCCCUGCUGCUUCACAAGCGCACAGCCAUACAACAUGCCUACCGGCUGCUUGUCAGCGAACAGAGACCCUCUGGAAUCUCCUUCAAGCAGUUUGAUGGGCUGAUGCGGUUUUAUAAACCUCGGAUGAGCGCUCAAGAUCGUUACCUUACUUUCAAAACACUGAAUCAAAGCAAUACCCCUUUAGUCAGUCUAAAGGAUAUGUACAAUUUCUAUGAAGUUGUUGGUUUAAAAUGGAAGGCUAAAAGGAACCGUGAGCAUUGGUUUGAUGAUCUUCCGCAAACAGCGUUCCUUAUUUUUAAAGGCAUUAACAUACUUGUGAAUUCCCGAGCCUUCCAGUACACAAUGUAUACUCUGGUGGCAGUGAAUGGCCUUUGGAUCCUAGUGGAAACGUUCAUGUUGCGAGAUGGAAUCUUCUCCCGAGAUGUCCCUUGGAGUUACAUUGUCUUCCUUACAAUCUAUGGGGUCGAGGUGCUCCUGAAGAUUACUGGAUUGGGGCCUAUAGAAUACCUGUCCUCUGGCUGGAACCUCUUUGAUUUUUCAGUCACGCUGUUUGCAUUCUUGGGCCUCCUAGCCCUGGCAUUCAACAUGGAGCCGUUCUACUUCAUUGUGGUCCUCCGGCCUCUGCAGUUACUGAGGCUCUUUAAGCUAAAGAAACGUUACCGGAAUGUCUUGGAUACCAUGUUUGAGCUGCUUCCCAGAAUGGCCAGCCUAGGUUUAACGUUGCUCAUCUUCUACUACUGUUUCGCCAUCAUUGGUAUGGAGUUCUUCUCAGGGAAACUCUACCCAAACUGUUGCAACGCCAGCACAGUGGCAGAUGCCUAUCGCUGGGUGAACCACACCAUUGGCAACAGGACGGUGAUGGAAGAAGGAUACUACUAUCUCAACAACUUUGACAAUGUCUUGAACAGUUUCGUUACCCUGUUUGAAUUGACAGUCGUCAACGACUGGUACAUCAUCAUGGAAGGGGUGACAUCAGAGACUUCUCACUGGAGUCGCCUCUACUUCAUGAUUUUCUAUAUUGUGACCAUGGUGGUGAUGACAAUAAUUGUAGCCUUUAUUUUGGAGGCAUUUGUGUUCCGCAUGAACUAUACCCGGAAGAACCGAGAGCCAGAAGAAGACACUGGCAUUGUUUUUGAGAGGGAAGUCUCCAAGGAAGAAAUGGCAGCUGUAGCAGAGCUGUAUAGGAGGAACUGCAUUGCCUCGUCUGCCAGCCAGCUGCUCAAGGCCAUUUCCCAGAUGGACAGGCACAGGCAAACAUCCAUGCUGUUCCUGGGGCGGAGAUCAAGGACCAAAAGCGAUUUAAGUAUGAAAAUGUAUGAGGAAGAGAUACAGGAAUGGUACGAUGAGCACUCCAGGAAAGAAGAAAGGCAGCUUCCUUGGCAAGAGGAUGACCAGCUGCUCAGCCAGCCCUUGCAGCCUCCAGGCCUCCGCCAGCGCUCUCAGACCGUUAUCUAGGCCCGGCUAACAUAAGGUGCUGCUUCGUCUCCUGUGCAUUAACCACCUCCUGUUUACUUAACUUUGCAAUGUAUGUGUUGAAUUAAUGCAUAGCGUGGCCUGGCAGAAGAUCAUCUCCAGGUGCUGUUGUAUGAGAGAGCUUUGGCUCGUCUUUUUGCACAAGCUCAUUCCCGUACUAGAGUCUGCCAAGUGCAGCCAGAACACUGCCUGAUGGCCUGGGCAUUAUGCAAGGGGAGGGUGGCAAGCAGGGAUACCCACAGUGGCAAAGUGAUUAAAACAUCUGGGAUUUGUCUAGUGUAAGGUAGGCAGGGAUUCAUUUUGCUCUCUCUUGAUACACAGAUAACUAAGUACGGUUGGAUGAAAUAAGCUGAAGUAUACAAUACUGCUGUUUUGCCGCCAGUCUUAGUUUCAUUCCAGCCUCCCAGGCUGGCCGGCAACAGCAGUUCCAUCAGAAAACUGGAAAAACAUUGACUGCCACUGCUUGUCUUUCUGUAUGUAAAUGUCUUUCUGAGCAAGUCCAGUCCAGUUUGUAACAGGACUGCCUUUUUGAGGUCCAGCUCUACCCUCAUCAUCUCCAUCAAGGAAAUGGGUUCCUGUUUCAGUGAGCUGCUGUGGCUGUGUAACACUUCCCGCCCCUGAACAAGGCUUGUCCCAUUAUGCGUAAGUACUCUGCUCUUAAACUGACUGAAACGGGGAGACUGUUAAAUACAGGAAUCCUGCCACUGCAGCCUGGAGAAGGGUAUGUGGUCUUGUGGAAGCAGCCCUGCCUGUGGAGAUGUAUUAAAGCAAUAACUUUGAAGGAAGUAAAAAUAACAAGGUAUAAUCUCACAGUCUCUGCAGGGUCCAGUCCGUGUUGGCCCUUAUCAGUUGUUACCUCUUGCAUUUUUUUUUAUCAUCUUCUUAUUAGCUGUGGUCUCUCUGUGUCACAUACAGAUGCCCCUUCUCCUCACAAGCAACAAGAGAUGGAGCAUGAGUUUCACAGUCCUUUGGUUUAGAAUAUGAACUUUGACGACAUGUAACGCUUGCCUCAAAUAUGGCAGUCCUCCCAAGUUAUUCCCUGCCUGUGAUUUCAAUCUGAACCGGAGAGGAAUUCCACUCCCCCACCUACUUGCUUAAACUCUGCUGCUCCAAAGCCAGAAAGAAAGAGGUCUUUCUCCCCCCAAAACUGCUAUGGCAGAGAGCUAAGAGCUCUGGACUAUGCAACUAUUUCUUAUGGCUCUAUGCCAGGUGUGGGAAAGCUUUGGCCUUCCAGGUGUUGUUGAACUAUAGUUCCCAUCAGUCCUUGCAAGCAUGGCCAAUGGCCAGGGAUGAUUGUGGUAGUUCAGCAGCAUCUGGUUCCCCACACCUGCUCUGUGCAAUAGAAGUACCAGAUAAUAAAGGGGAAGAGAGACAUAAUCUCCUGUUGCAAGAUAAAUGAAUAGAUGGGAAGGGAUUUGUCCAAUCUUAAUUCGAAUUGGCUCAGAAUAAGCCACGCCGUUUCCCUGGUUUUUUGGAGGGUGACGUUAGGAUGGCUUGUCCCCAGAUGUUGCUGGACUACAAGCCCCAUCAUUCCUGGCCAUUGGCCAUGCUGGCUGGGGCUGAUGGGAGUUGUAGUCUGAUAUCUGGGGACCCAAAGGUUGGGAAAGGAUGGAUUUCCUAUCGCUGCAAGGGAACAAGCUAGUAGUCUGUGUGUGUUUGUGACAUCCCUGAUGACCUGAUCUGUCCCUAGGAAGUUGUCACUAAGAGGGGAUAGAUAUUGUUGGCAGAACAAGCCAUUAGUCUUACGCCACUUGCUGAAACCCCCACUAGCGGCCUGCUCAAAUCAGUCACGGCCUUCCUUAAGGAUUUAGUGGAUUUGCUCAGCUGCCUAGGCUGGAGAGGCAGUCAUACUAAGUACCACAAGCAGCCACUUAUGCUGUGGGCUAGGUAGAGUAGUGGUACACCCGCUGUAAAAAAAAACAAAAAAAGGUAACAGUGAUCACUGCCUUGCUUUUUGUUUUUAGUGCAUAUAAUUAUUUGCUGAUGGAAAGUGAAUUCUGACCUCAUUUAUGGUGAAACUGAAGUUUUCUGCUCCUUCAUACACCAGACUACUAACUAGCCUGAGUGUCGCCAAUCUGGUGUCCUCCCGAUGUUCUUGGGCUCCAACUUCCAUCAGCACGGCCACUGAUCAGGGAUGAUGGGAGAUGGAGUCCAGUUGCAUCUGGCCAGUACCAUGUUGGCUACCUCUGAGCUAGCCAAAAGGAGCAAACCUGUGUGUAGCAUUAUCUGGGCCCUUCUCCACUGAUUAGAGCUUUGAGACCUGUUCUUAAAAGUGCUUUCCCCUAACAGCUGGGUACAGUUUCUGCUACUCUGCAAAGUGUAAGUAGAGUUGAAGGUUUUUCUCAAGCUGUGUUGCUAACUGAACGCAACUGGCACUGUUACGUUUUGUUUUUCCUCUCCAAAAUAAGCUAGCGAUAACUCCAGAAGCUGUUGCUUGCAGGCUAGAAGGACACAAACCUCAGAGUAUAUCUUCUAACUGCCCUCUCCUUAGCUUCCUUCAACACUUAACUCCAAAGACAAUCACUUGUAGAAAUGAAACACAUGGGAGGUUUCAUUUGCUGGGAGUUUGUAUGGCAACAGUAAUGAUGAUGUCUGAAACAGUGUUAUAUAAAUGUUUCCAGGCACAUUUAAUAAACGUUUCUAAGCAUU